CGCAUAGGAAGUUGAAUUAUCAGCUGAUCAUGGUGUUUUGGAUGGAAGUUGCUUUUGGCACGGAGGGGCUCUUUCUUUAUCAUCCUAAGCGAAUCUUCAACGCCAGAGACACUGGAAAAUAAAGCUGCAUGUAACAGUGCGCCAUCUCCAACAACCGAAACGGCGGCACCCGGAGAAGUCCGCGUUAUUAUGAACAGAUGAUGGUCAUAAGUGGUGAUCUGUUUGCUUGCCGUUGAAUCAUCGGAAAGAAAGAAAACAACGUCAGGCGAGGCUCGUGCGAGGCACUGAUAGUCUGAUGUGUGUAUGGUGACUUACCUCGGCCUGUGAUCGUUGCCAUAAAUAGCCUAAAUGCAUGUAAUUUAACUGGUCGGACACGAAAUUUUCUUCGCUCGAUGUAAUAAUUAGUAGCUUAUGUGUUUUACGUGAUUCAGGAGUAAGUCAAAGGUCAGAUCAAAGUGUUUCUGUUUUCUUUUUUACACCAGACAGCAGUUUUAUAUCAUUUGUUCGCCAAUAUAUUUGUUAUAAGAUAAAUAACGUCUUGAAUGAAUUCAUGCUUAUGGAAGUUGGUAAAAGAGCAGCAACCUGUAACCAGUUAUUCUUGACAUCGGCUCGCUGUGACUGACAUACGGUUUACUUGUUUACUUUAUUUAACCUUUUAUAAGUGUGUAUCUGUUGUUCGUUUUAUAGUGUUAUUUAUAAACAUGGUGACAGAAGAAUGCGUUGAUAGCUGGAUUGCAUCACUUGUGUUUUGACAUAUCUGACGUCAGGGGUGUCGUGUGUCACUCAAACUGUGUUUAAAGUGUGUAGGAGCUUUUUAAACACGACUUCGUUAUAUUUGGACUGAUUUGGUGAUUUAACGGUGGAUUAUUCAAGAUAUUUCGAGAGGGAAGACUCAGAUCUGGCACAGUCAGAGAUCCUCGUUGAUAUUCCCAAUUUCUCCCCGCCAAUGCUGGAUCUGGAGGUCGUUCCUGAGCGAUCUUUGGGAAAUGAACAAUGGGAAUUCGCAUUAGGGAUGCCAUUGGCCCAGGCCAUUUCAAUAUUACAGAAACACUGCCGAAUCAUCAAAAAUGUCCAGGUGCUCUACAGCGAACAAAUGCCACUCAGCCACGACCUCAUUCUCAACUUGACUCAGGAUGGAAUUAAACUGCUGUUUGACGCCUGCAAUCAGAGACUGAAGGUAAUUGAAGUGUACGAUUUGAGCAAAGUGAAACUGAAAUACUGUGGAGUACAUUUUAACUCUCAGGCAAUAGCACCUACUAUUGAGCAGAUUGAUCAGUCUUUUGGCGCUACUCAUCCAGGAGUCUACAAUGCUGCCGAGCAGCUCUUCCACCUGAACUUCCGAGGGCUUUCCUUCUCUUUCCAGCUGGACUCAUGGAGCGAAGCUCCUAAAUAUGAGGAUUCUUUGCGCUUCUGGAGACUCCAGCCUAACUUUGCCCAUGGCUUGGCCUCCCUGCAGAUUCCCCAUGGGGCCACUGUCAAACGGAUGUACAUUUACUCUGGAAACAACCUUCAAGAAACCAAGGCUCCGGUGAUGCCUCUGGGCUGUUACCUUGGUAAUGUGUAUGCAGAGAGUGUGGAGGUGUUGAGAGAUGGGGUGGGACCGCUAGGUCUCAAACUUCGCCUGCUCACUGCAGGAUGUGGCCCGGGAGUGUUGGCUGAUUCGAAAGUGCGAGCCGUUGAGAGAAACAUCUACUUUGGAGAUUCUUGUCAGGAUGUUUUGAGUGCUCUUGGCUCUCCACAUAAGGUCUUCUACAAGUCAGAGGAUAAGAUGAAGAUCCAUUCACCCUCCCCUCACAAGCAAGUUCCGUCCAAGUGUAAUGACUACUUCUUUAACUAUUAUAUUCUGGGAGUGGAUAUACUGUUUGACUCUACAACCCACCUGGUCAAAAAAUUUGUCCUUCACACCAACUACCCUGGCCAUUACAACUUCAACAUAUAUCAUCGGUGUGAUUUCAAGAUUCCUCUCAUCAUUAAAAAAGAUGGGGCAGAUGCUCAGAGUGAGGACUGUAUUUUGACCACCUACAGCAAAUGGGAUCAGAUUCAGGAGCUGCUAGGACACCCCAUGGAAAAACCAGUUGUGCUACACAGGUCAUCAUCUGCAAACAACACCAACCCUUUUGGUUCCACAUUUUGCUUUGGACUACAGCGGAUGAUAUUUGAGGUCAUGCAGAAUAAUCACAUAGCUUCUGUGACUCUCUACGGAGCGCCUCGUCCAAGUAGCCUGGCCCGUGCUGAGCCGAGCACUCACUGAGGAAGCCGCCAUGCCCACGGUGCCCGUCCAGCCCUGCAGAGCCUCUGAACUGACCAGCAGAGUGUGCCUUCACUCACUGCUGGCAUCACACAAGCUAAAGCAAGACAUGCUGGGAGUUUCUCUGGAGUUGAACUGACCCAUCCCCUCCCCCCCUUCACAUUUUAAUAGAAGCCCCAAUUUGGUCUCCUCCGAUAAUAGCGUGGAGGCUGCCUUCAGCCUGCUAAUGAUCCCAGAUAACUGUGCAAACCUGGCUUUGCCCCCAAAGCUUUAACCCAGACAUGCAUCAACGUCAGAAUCGUUAUAAUACCUGUGGAUGCACAGUGAUCCAUUUCCACACAAACAUAUUUGUGUUUUGUUUUUUUGCCUAACCUUCUAUUUCCAAAAUUUCCAUACCAGAUGCACCAAAGGGCAAACAGUGAAGCGAUUUCUCCUCUGCACACUAAACACUUUAACAAAAAUGCACAUGAAUUCAACUUCAUUUGCUUUCCGACAAGCAGAGGAUGAGAGCAAAGUCAAAUGAGGACAAACUUUCGCAGCAAAAUUCAACGACGAGUGUGUUUUGUAUGCAUUUACGUGAGGUUCCAAGCACAAGCUAGCACAGUAUGGAUCCUGUGCUAUGAAAAUGUUUUUGUGGCACAUGAGCAGGCUCCCAUACAUACAUUACUAUUCAUAAACUCAUUUCAUACCAAGUCAGCAGCACAGAUUACCUCCCAUUUCAAUAGCGUACAUGCGCUUUAUGGUUGAUUCUGUUAUUGUUUUGUUGUUCGUGAGCGCAUUCGUUUUGAACAUUUGCACUAAAAUACACCUAAUUUACUUGAUAAUUGUCUCCUGUCCACUGAGGAACGUUUUAAUUGCCGAGUCUCGGAGAGAAAGGACGGCGGGGGAGGGAACGACGAUGUGCAAUCUGGAUUUCAAAGCUAGUUGCGACCCUGACUGGCGAGAAAAGCCAUCCACCCAUCGCUGUUUCUCCUUCCCGCUGAAUGCCGUCAAUUCUGUUGGCGUCUUUUUUUUUUUUUUGUCCACAGUACAAAGAUGUGAAGUUCUUUUACCUUAUUCAGUAUCUUAAAGUCUUAACUGCAGAAUUGUCUUCUGUCGCCUGAUUGCCAAAAAGUUAGCCAAAGAAGAAACAGUUAGCUCUCUGUCAUUUUAAAUUCACAUCGUAAGAACAUUCCCUUUUGAUUUGAUCCAUACAGUCCCUGAAUUGUUUUUAGCAUAGCAGCUCAAUCGAUUGAUUGGUUUUUAAUUCUUUAAAGCAUUCGUUCUUGCUUUUUGCUCUACGGAUUUGUUGCUGUUGUUUGCGUAGUAAGUAGACGUGAUGUUUUCUGUAGCCAUGUCCAUGUCUGUACAGAUCUGUAAAUAACGUACACCGUUUUCAUUGUUUCAUCGGCCUAAUGGUACCGUAACAGAUCAGCUGACAUCUGGAACUCCCCUACACUGCUAACAUACUGAGCGUUUCUGGAUUUCUUUGCCAUCCCUUGAAGGACACUAUAGCAGCUUCCCUCCACUGUUGUCCUGGAUGAAAUCGACUACAUUUGACCACUUUCAGGAGGAUUUGAUGAUAAUGACUAGAGCGUUUUAACUUUAGUAGAUGGUUUGUUCACCUCUAACUACUGUUCAUUGCUGUGCUGCCUGGCAGCGUAACCACCCAUAGCUGUCAAGCUCCAGUUCUCUGGUGUCAUUCCCACCUCCCUUCAGGCUUCUGCAGUGUGUGGUUCAGGCUAAUUCGGACGUUUUUAGCUUUCUGUUACAUUAACUGCGCUGGAAGGCCGUCAGUGGUGUUUUUAAUAUAUUUUACCUGUAGCUUUUGGUCAUUUAAAAGGAAGAUGCUAUUAACAUUGUGCCUCAUCUCCCACCGAGCCUGUCUUGACUUUUUCUCUGUAAAUGAAAUCGUUUAAAAAACUGCUUUGUGUAUGUCUGAGCAUGUAAAGCUAAAUUGAUAGUUAUAGUCCUUUUGUUUUGAAAAUCGUACCUGAAUAUUAGAGGAACUAAGGAAAAACGGACUCGUUGAGUAUUGAACUCUUGUCAUGAAAGGCUAGUACUAUGCAAGUUUAUUUCCGCCAUGGAAACACAACAAAAAUUGUGACGUUUUAAUUUCACAAUUUUGACUUUUUCCUCUCAUUUCUGUGAAAAAGUCAAUUGUGAGAUGUAAACUUGCAAUGCUGAGGAGAAAAAGUUUGAAUUGUGAGAGAUAAACUCAAAAAAAGUCGCAUUUACCUUUUUCUUUUUUUUUUUAUUCCAUGGUGGAAAUAAGCUUCCAUAAUUUACUCUGUUCAAAAUGCAGCAUAUGAAAAAAUAAUGUUAUGGGUCAAAAAAUAUAUCAGAACAUGUAGAUGGCCCUUCAUGAUUUGGGGUUGACUAAGUGGUUGUGGUGUUUCUAUCAAAAUACAGCCUGUACUUUUUGAAAACGGUGUGAAGUUCCACUUUAAUGAGUUUAAAGUGAAAUAUGGUUAGAUUUGAAAACCGUUUCAGAUUUAAAAUGCACAAUUGGAACCUCCGUUGUCAAUAAGGAAUAACACGGCCGCUGUUUUAGUGUCAUUUAGGGAGUUACUACAGGAGGAGUGUGGUCUGAUGGGCUGAUUGCCUGCCCAAUCUCAGGUGGAUGUUUUUUUUUAAUGCCAGGAGCAAGUGAAUGCUUAAUUUUCAUCAAAUGGAUUUUGGCUGUAUUGUUUCCUCUUCAGACUUUAUCCUAUUUUUGCAUCGGAAUGAAUGAAUGAAUGAUCGUCCUGAGGAUUGUAAUUAGAAAUGGACAACCUCCAUACAGUGUAAUGCGCAUAUUAAUGCUAUGUAUUGUAUCCCUCUAUAUUGUAUGUUCUUCCUCAUCCUCCAAAGUGAUUAUUUUUUGUGGAUUCAGUACAUUUAACCCAUUUCUGGAAAUGGGAUUUAUCCUCGAUUAAAAAAAGUGUGUAUCUAAAUUGAUUGCAAUGUGGUGUUUUGUAUCUCAGAUAUUUUUACUUCUGUAGAUUUAAGGAACAUGUACGCGGAAGAUCAACAUUAUCAGGCAUUUUUUUGUUGUUGUUUUGUUUUUAAAGCAAUAAUCGUUUCGUUGAUGGAUAAUAAAUCAGAAUGGUCUGGUAUAUGUUUGUCAAUGCUGUGACCAUUGGAUUUUAGUUUCCUCGUUGAAUCUACUGAAAGCAUUAUACAUUUUUUUAACUGCUAAUUUUGCAUUUUGUUCAUAUAAACUGUUACAGUGUGUUCAACAAUAAUAUUUAAAGAAUGGAUGUAAUAAAUAUGGAGGGAAAGAA